AUGAGCCUCGCUCUGGUCGACCGACUGCAAUAUCGUUCGACGAACAGAAGAAUUUGGCGGAGCAGCAUCCAUAUGAAAGUGUGCGGUAUUUUCUGCCAGUCUUGGCUGUUCGCUGUCCACCGUGAGCAAUGGACUGCGAUCUGUCGGAAUGGUGAAAAAGCUCCGCCAGUGGCUCCCACAUGCAUAGAGCGACGGCAAACGCCAAAGAUGCCUGGAAAUCUGUACUCAGCUGCUCUCCAGAAGCCGCAGAUCCGACUGGCUGGACGCCAUUGUCACUGGAGAUGA